AUGUCUUUCAAGGAAAAGCUUGAGAAGGAGAAACGACGAAAUGAUCACUUGGCGAAUGAGUUGACUCGUUUGAAUGCCAAGGGUGAUACGAAAUUGAAUUUACUAUUAAAGAUGAUCGAAAAUGAUUCCGAGAUUCAUGAUAUCUUCAAGCAUUAUACUAAAAAUACUUCGACUCUCGAACAAAACGCAAAGUUUAGGUUGUAUAAGAGAUUGGGUGAGAUUGUUGAUAGGUUUUGA